GUUCAUUUCUUACUGCAAAAUUACUCGACAUUAGCUUACUGCAAUGGCUGUCGUUUGUCAACUGAUACAACUGAAAGAAGGUCAAACUGUAGGCGAUUGGACUGUGACGAAAAAGAUUGGUGAAGGAGGUUUUGGAGCCAUAUAUUUAUGCAAAAGUAAGGAGGGUGAAGUGAACGCACUCAAGGUAGAAGCCGAGAACGAUCCUUUGGGACUGCUUAAAAUGGAAGUCUAUGUGUUAAUGGAACUGAAAAAAACAAAGUUUCAAGCUCGCCAUUUUCUUGCCUUGAAGGAUAGAGGCCAUGUGCCGGGGAAGUUCAACUAUGUAGUAAUGACUCUUGUGGGGAAAAGCUUACAGGAGUUACGAAACGAGGCACCAAUGAAGAAGUUCUCAAUGGGAACAGCGAUAUCGGUUGGGCGACAAUGUCUUGAGGCUCUAGAAGAUCUACACAAUGUCGGAAUUCUUCACAGAGACAUCAAACCUGGGAACUACACGAUAGGAAGGAAAGAGAUGAACGAAUUGCGAAAGAUCUACAUGCUUGAUUUUGGCAUGGCCAGAAAAUUCAUCAAAGAUGACGGAACUUUGCGAAAUCCAAGAGCUCGAGCCGGCUUUCGUGGUACAGUGAAGUAUGCUCCAAUAGCAUGCCAUGUGCAUCGAGAACAGAGCCGUAAAGAUGACAUCGAGAGCUGGAUGUAUAUGCUGGUAGAAAUUACUUGCGGUCGGCUUCCUUGGAGAAAUCUGACGGAGUCGAACGACGUCGGCUUGUUCAAGAAGGAUUGCAAAGGCGAACGCUAUCGAUGUCUUUUCGGUGGUUGCCCUCGAGAAUACACAGAGAUUUUCCCAAUUCUUGACAAGGGAAAAUUCUUCGACGCACCAGAAUAUCCGGCCAUCUAUAAGUUGCUUGAGUCUGCCCUUCAAAGUACUCGUGCUCAGGAGUAUCCUUACGACUGGGAAAUGUGACUUAAUA